AUGUCACAGAAAGCAGUAAGAGAAACGAUAAUCAGUAGAAAGAAGUAUGCAGAGAAGGCUCGGAAAGAUGUUAUUGGCCAUGAAAUACUGAGAACUGAAGAGUGUGGAUACAUUGAAGCGGAAUCUGAUGAAAAUACAUAUGAUAUUACACAGAAACAAUUGCUAAACCAUGUAAGCAUCAAGGCGUGUGAGCAGGCAUUUGAGCUUAAGCUUGAUGAAGCGCCGAUAUAUUCUAAGUAUUCUCGAAACGGAACAUAUAUGCUGCUCAGGAACAACAAAGGAUAUCUUGCAUCGUUUAAUUCGAGGUCCAUGGACAUGUAUUUUGAGAUUGACUUGAAUGAAGAAGUACAUGAUGCUUUGUAUCUUCAUAAUGAACGAUUCAUUGCAGUUGCACAGAAGAACAAUGUUUUUAUUUAUGACGGCCAAGGAGUUGAGAUACACUGCAUAAGGGAUAAUCGUGGAGUAUACAAGAUGGACUAUCUGCCAUACCACUAUUUAUUGACCACAGUAUCUCGUAAGAAUAUUUUGAGGUAUCAGGACGUAUCUACAGGAAAGAUGGUUAGUGAAAUACAAAUGAAGGAUUGGAAUAUUGCAUCGAUGAAACACAAUACUUCUAAUGGAAUUGUACACACAGGUAAUGCAAAAGGAGUGGUGAAUCUAUGGUCACCUAACAGCAAAGAAUAUUUAGUGAAGAUACUGUGCCAUAAAAGUACGGUUUCCAGUAUAGAAAUAGACAGAACCGGAAAGUACAUGAUCAGCAGUGGCCUGGAUGGAAAGGUAAAUGUAUGGGACUUGAGAAAUACUUACACACAGCUUAACAGCUUGAAUUCUAGAUCUCAUGGAAUGGUGACAUCUUUGAGUCAGAAGAAUAUGCUUGCUAUGUCUUAUGGCAACAAGGUUCAUGUUUGGAAGGAUUUUAUUGAGUCUAAUGGAAAGGAUGUUCUGUAUAUGAAGCAUAAAGUAGGCAAUGAUGUUUAUAGUCUAGGAUUUUGUAAUUAUGAGGAUGUACUAUCAAUAGGGCAUGGUACAGGUGUUUCAAACAUAAUUAUUCCAGGCAGUGGAGAUCCUGUGUACGAUUCAUAUGAAGAUUCGCCCUUUAUUUACAAGAAAGCAAGAUCAGAGAAGGAAGUUAGAAUGCUUAUAGACAAGAUUCCUUAUGAACUGAUCUCAAUUGAAUCUAAUGUUGGGCGCAUACACAAAGCACAGAAUACCUCUAUGCCUGAUAAUACAUCAAAAAGGUACUUUGAUAGCUUCUCAUUCAAUAAUACUAGAAAAAACGCAUUAAGCAGGUUUUAUAAAGAUAAAGACGCCAGCUUAACCAAAUAA